CGUACAAUCGACAUCCUGCCUAUUAGCAAGACAAUGGUAGCGGGCGGUCGCGCGACCGCUGCAGCAGCAUUGUAGUGUUGGUGCUAGCUGAGUGAACCUCGUGUUGGGAUGUAAGGAAGAACGUGAGAGAAUCAUGAUGUAUAGUGUUAAAGCUGUAAUUGUUUCGUGCUCGGCACUCAUCGCCGCUGCCUUCGCUUUGGAAAUACAGAAUGACUUCCAAAAACAUGGUCAGGAGAACCCAGUUGAGUCAGACAUGGCAAGAGGUCGGCGUGACGUCAUAGAGGAAGAAAAGUUCUACAACACUCAUUCGGACCGAAACAACCAACCGGCGCCCUGGAUCCCAGGCCCUUUACCCCCGGAGGAAGAUCCCACGACUAAAAUAUCCAUCACCAACCCUGAAGUCAAGGAAGUUCUCCCACUCUUCCAAACAACAGAAAGAGUUACAGACAAACCCACAGGCCGCGGCGCAAGAGCUUCAAAUGAAAAUUGGAUCAAACUGCCUUUCCCUGAUCGCGAUGACGGACAAAGAGACGACAUUCUAACUCCCCCACAACCUUCUGGUGACUUAAUAAAUUCAAGAAUGCCCCGAAUAAACUUCGUCACCCAACACAAACAAUUAGAGGCAUCAGAAUCUCGCAACGAUAAAGAAUCUAUUCAAAGAGCGCAGAGAACGGAAAAUAUCCGAACUGAAUUUGUCAGGCCUGGCGAAGAAGACCGUAACAAACCGAUCAAACCAGUCUAUCCGCGACAAGCAGUAUAUUACCCGGCGGAAUCAAGAAGACCAUACUAUGAUGAUCGAUAUUAUCCAACCGAAGAUUUACACAGACGCGAUCCGUACUAUGAUUUAUACGACCGCAGACGGUACAUCCCCGGCUAUGUGCCGAGAGUCGAUCGGUAUGAUGAUACAUACGAUAAUUAUGUUCCCAGGAAGCCUAAGAGAAUCAUAUAUUACGCACAUCUGCCGGAAGUGGUGAGAACACCACCAAGUGUUGAUUUAAGAUACAGGUAUUCGGCAGAUCCGUAUAAACGAUACGAUGACGAUUAUUACGCAAGAAACGGAAGGUACGAUUAUAGAUUUAGGAACAACAGAUAUCCGUACGCACCUUUGAGGAAAGAAGAAAGGAACUUCAGAGAUCUUGCUUUAGCUGGAUCGAGUAAUAAAGAUAAAAAGAUCGACGAGAAAAUUACACCCACACCAAUUUUGCCAAAGAAAGAGGAACAGUUUAAGACAAGUAAUGACAAUGAUAGAAAUAUUAACAGGAAUCUAAUUAACAGCCAUCAGUACCACGACGGGCCUACGCUGACUUACACUGACCCUUUGAGUCACAAAGCGUUUCCUGAUGUAGUGAGACCUGACGAUGGAUAUCUUAGAUACGACGAACCUCUGUUCCAUUCCACUGUCGAUGAUCCUUAUCAGAGAAAAUACUAACUAAAAAUUGGAUGUUAUGUUUUUGGUUCGUUUUCAAAACAACUAAAACUACCAACAUCGAUAUUAUACAUUGUAACAAUGUAUUUUUUAUUUUAUCAUAAUUAUUGUCCGGGUCUCGUUUAGACAACAAUAUUACGGACAAUAUUAAGACAACUGAUUUCGUUUUUGAUAGAAGACAUUAUUUAAUUUGAAAUUUUAUAAGUUGUACAAUUGAAAAACUGGCCAAAAACGUCACCAUAGUAAUUAAGCUGACACAACUUGCGUAGUAUUUAUUUUAGUUUUUUUAACAAUAAUAACAAUUACAGAUAAAAUAUACGAUUGGUGUUGCCGAUAAUAAAUGUAAUUACGAA